AUGACUCGAAUUCAGGAUAAUAUUUGGGUUAGAAACGCUUAUAAGCUAUUUUACACUGAAGAUGGCAAAAGGCGGGUUCAAUGUAGGCAGUGCGGUGAGGAACGUGAUCCUCAGAUAACUCGGCAACGCGAACACCUUCUUGACAAGUGUCCAAAGCGCCCUCGACAUCCUCGAAGCAGUCAGUCAACUCUCAAUUGGAACGGUGCUAUACAACAGGAAGAUCAAGAACUUCUUUGCAUGGCCGUUUAUACCGGUGGCCUCCCCUUCUCCGUGUACGAAACUCCUGAACUUCGAAGUCUGCUUAGAAGGCACAACAUUACCCCUCCUACACGCCAGGCCUUAUCGAACGAAUUGCUUGAUAAGUACUACAAUCAGUAUAAGGUGGAUGUGAAUCGACAGCUGAAGGAUACCAAGUUCCUCAAUGUCACCAUCGAUAAGACCACCGAUCAGUCCCUAAAGCGCGUUAUAAGCUUGUCAUUCAACACCCCGACGCGUAGCUUUUUCUAUACCCUUGAAGAGAUCACAGUCGGAGCCUUUGGUACAGAGGAAACUGCAAGAUGGAUCCAUCAAACUCUCAAGAACUACCUUGCUAAGGCUGAGUACUCUCAUGUUUUCUUUAUCGGUUGUGACUCCCAUGGCCUUCAGCUACUCAUGAAGGAUCUUCUCUCCCUCGGUGAGAUCAAGGAGGUCUUCAAGAACGCUGCAUCGGUUAUUUCUUACUUCAGGAACUCUCCAAAGCAAUUGGCCUGGAUCCAUCAUUACCAGAGAAGAAAAGAAGGCAAGGUAAGAACUCUCAUUGCCUCAGCAAUUACUCGCUGGGGAACUCAGUUCAAUGCUUUAAGAUCUGUAUGGAGAUCUGGUGUUGCUCUCCGCCAGUGGACUUUAACUCCUGAAGUCAUAAAGGCUUCAAAAUCUAAUAAUAAAGAGACAGCUGCCAUGAGCGGUGUUGCCACGAUCAUUAACUCCUCCGAGUUCUGGACAGAUCUGGAGAAUCUCCUCUGUCUUCUGGAGCCAAUUCACCGAAUGCAGAUUGAAUCUGAGCAUCAGAAGGCCAAUAUUAUGACUGUCAUGGAACGUUGGCUACAGAUCCGCUCGAUCCUCUCCGAAAGCGCUGAAGAAACACCAUACAAAGCUGAUCUCCAGGAGUAUCUUGCAGAGGCUCCGUACGCUGGCUUCAAGAGACGCUUUGGCAAGCAGGUAACACCCCUUCACUGGGCCGCUUACUAUCUCAACCCCCGCAACGUUUCUGCUUCAUUAGAUGAGCCAGUGGCCGAUGUGAUCAGAGAGGUGUUCUCUACAUUCACUACUGAGGAAGCUCAUGAUGAGUUCGCUUUAUACCGAGCGAAGAAGGCGCAGUUCUUCCCUGCGGAUCUCUGGAAAACCGAGGACCCUCUGGUGUUUUGGGCGCAGUUUCAUGACACCGCUCCGUCCCUCUCCCACCUUGCCAUCCGACUCGUCUACACAACUGCCAACUCGGUUUCCGCUGAGCGAGCCUUCUCCGCCAUAAACAACACCAAGGAUAAGCGGAGAUCUCGUCUCCAGGUCAAAAAAGUAAACAAGCUGGUGUAUCUUUACAUGAACACAAGAGCUCUGGAUUCUACACCUACACCUCCGCCUACGAAUGGCCGUACAAGCCGCGAUAUCAAGUAUGAAUUCACCCAGCUAGCGGAGGAAGAGGAUGAGAUGGCUCGCAACUGGCUAUUCCAUAAGAAUCUCCAGAUCGAAAGGCUGCUAAGCAACGAAGAUACAAUUGUUUUUGGAGGAGAGGUCACCACCAAGCGCAAGAAGAAAACACCAUCUGCAGCGCCUCAAGCGGCCAAAAGACCCCGGCCUUCAGCUGCCGAUGCUAUGUGUGAGGCCGAUGGCUUCAACUGA